AUGCAAUACUGGGGCUACAAGUUUGAGACCCUUAGCACACUGCCGAGACCAUGGGGAGAGACUUCUCGCGAAUUCAUCGAAGGUCGCCCCGAUCAUGCCGUGAACAACAAGGAGCAAUACUGCUCAGUAGUGCGUACCGGCAUUGGCAGCACCAUUCUCUGCAUUGGUGGCGAGGUUGAUGCUAUAUGGGACGACAAACCGAGGACUCCAGGCGACCCUAUCAACUGGGUGGAGCUCAAGACGUCGGCAGUGAUUCAAAACGACCGUCAGGCUAACAACUUUGAGCGUAAGCUCAUGAAGUUUUGGAUUCAGUCCUUCCUUCUUGGCGUCCCUAAGAUUAUCGUCGGCUUCCGGACCCAGGAUGGUCUCCUGGUUGAGACCAAAGAGUUCCGAACGAUGGAGAUACCAUUAAUGGUCAAGAAGAAUGGGCGGCCAAAAUGGGACGGCGAUACGUGCGUCAAUUUUGCCAACGGCUUCCUUGAGUGGCUUCGCCACACUAUUACCGACGAGGGUGUAUGGAGGAUCAAGAGAAGGCCUCGGUCGGCUGAAAUUGAAGUGUUCAAAGUUGAGGAGGUGGGCCACGGAGACAUCAUCACAGAUGAGUUCAUGAACUGGCGGAUCAAGCUCGAGCUUCGUCAGACACAGUCACCAACCGAAGACAAAGGGGCAGACGAGUAG